AUGUACUUCUUGUUGGUAUUUGUCCUUUAUAUCCUAAUCAUUACAGUUAACUUAACUUUGAUCUUAACAGUGAUCAUGGAAAAAAGCCUCCAUGAGCCCAUGUAUAUUUUUCUCUCUAAUCUAUGUGUGAAUAGCCUUUACGGAACUAUUGGUUUUUACCCUAAAUUUUUGCUGGACUUGCAAGCUGAUACUCACACAAUAACAUACAGUUGGUGCAUAACACAAGCUUAUGUGAUUUAUACCUCAGUAAUGUGUGAAAUCACUCUUUUAACAGUGAUGUCUUAUGACCGCUAUGUGGCAAUUUGCAGACCACUGCAAUACCACAGUAUUUUGACUCCACAUGCUGUGCUUAAACUGCUUGUAGUGGCCUGGACUUAUCCACUUUUGACAGCAGUAGCAUCUCUUAUUCUUACUCUCAGAAUACCCAUUUGUGGAUCUCACAUUCGUAAACUAUUCUGUGAUAAUCCUUCAAUACUAAAGCUGGGUUGUUCUCUAGUCACAGCCAACCAGUCUUCACAGAUUGAAGUGGAGAUUUCAAGCACUAUUGAGCAACUGUACAACCUCAGUCGUGUUCGAAUACUACGACUGUAUCUCUGCACCAAGUUAAGGGAUGUAGAGAUAGAGGAAGACAUGCAUCCCAAAACCCCCCAGAGCUCAACUUCAGUUGCAGAUGUUGCAGAAAGUUCUUUUGAGAUCAGGCAGUACUUACCAGAACCAGAUAAUGACUAUGUUGUCAACAUCGAGAUUCCCACAGACAAUAACAUGGACGACACAGAGGUUUGGACUGGCCAGUACACAUUGGCAGGAAAUUAA